AUGAGAAACCAAGUGAGAAAAAUUGACAAUAGUUAUAUCCAAAGACAUGUUAUUGACGAGGCAAUACAAUAUGGUAUUAGUCAGGGCGAUUACAUUUACACAAAUCAAGUAAAAUUAUACGCAACUGAUUCUAUCGUUCAAAAAUGGAUGGAAAAAGUGAAAAAAGAUGAGGGAAACAGUAAAGGGUGUUCAAUAGCUAUUUCCCCGCCAUCGUUCAGCAGUUUAUAUGAGCAGGGAAAUCUGGCAUUAAUCUCACCCUUGUCUCCGUCGGCUGCAAACAAGCAGCAUUCGCUAUCCACAGAGGAGUACCCCAUUUUGCAGUAUUCUCUACCCACACAAGAGAGUUGUAUCAACCUACAGGAUGCUAUAGCAAUGGUUAUAUUGUAUAUAUAA